UUGUUGUUAACGUUAACAAACUGAUGUGAUGUCAUGUUGCUGUCAUACACCAUCAAUUGGGGUAUUGGGCUGUUAGUCCUGUUUUAAGGACCUUAAUUAAUGUCUUGAAUGGGUUGUGCUAACUGCUCUAUGGUGAUUCUGUCCGUGUGCUCUGAGAGCCCAACCAUUUAAAGACAUGCCAGUUUACAGUGGUCCCCAGUGUCUCCUCUGGUUUAAAGUGGGGGUAGGAUUCUCGUCAUCCACUCCUCAUUCCCAUUGACCCACACUGCUCCUCUGACUAGAUUUUCUGCUGUAUGUUGGACUGAGUUCCGAUGCUCCAGUCUGUAUUCACAUGAACACAGGUCAAUGUUCAAUGAAAACACACUGACAAGUGUAAUGAAGCAGAAAAUUGUAUCAGCUAACAAUAGAUGAAUCGUGUGGCAACUCUAUAGCCACUUAUCCACCUCAGGAACUAUACCCAGGAACUAGGAACUAAAGGAGGAACUCUGUGCGUUUAGACUGCAGAAACCAGGGUCUAAAUUUUGUUUCUGGGUAAUUUAUUUACCCUCGAAAAAGACCCUCAGGAGGUAGUACUAACCGAAGGUUCAGGACCUAUUGGGGCGGGGCUGCAGUGCUGAAGAAUUGUGAUUGGUCGAGUACUCGCCGCAUUUUAUUUCACCUGCCAUGUUUGAAAGCCAGUGUAGUCCUGUAGUUGAGGAUCGUUUUAAUAACCUGAGACUGUUCAUCCAGUCUUCUCGGGCUCUCACCAGGAAGACUGGGAAGCCUGAGGAGUUACUCACAGACAAGGAGAUAUAUCGCCCCAAAAAACAUAUUGUGAGAGUGAAAGCACAAAUGAUCAUUGAUGAAGAUGAGUUGUAAACAUAAGAAUUUGUGCUCUUAUUCACUGACAUGUUUUAUCAUUGUUGUUUUCUUUUAAAACUUCCCUCACCAAUGUGUGAUUUUAAUAUCAGCACUUUAAACCUGAACGGAGCCAGGGCUGAGUUUAAAAGAGAUUUUCUUUUUAGCUCAUGGAGAUGUAGAAAAUAUACGUGGUUUUUGUACAGGAAACCCACAUCAUACCAGAUAUUGAAAGUGACCGGAGGAUGGCUUUUAACGGGGUGGUUGUUUUAAGCCACAAGUCCAGUCUGAAAAAGUUUUUUACCUGUUUCGUGUUAAUUGAGGAAAUUAUCUGCGUGUUUUAUUGAAAGUCGUAGCUGAAUAUGAGAAUAUGAAGCUUGUGUUUUUAAAUGUGUACGUGCUCAUCAAUGGGGUGGUACUGUUAGAGCUUGUGGUAGUAAGGAUUUAACAUUUUAAGGGGGGUGAUUUUAACUGCAUACUUAAUCCGAAUUUAGACAGGAGUCAUCCUGAAUCUAAUCCUGCUUCAUCCCACAGGAUCAGACAGCAGGUAGAAGAACAUGAGCUGUCUGACCUGUGGAGGGUUUUUAACAGUAAUCACAGACAGUACAGCUGGAACCUCUCAAGGGGAAACCUUUUAUCUUUGGCCAGACUGCACCGCCUCUAUUGUUUAAUCACCAUUUUAAUAUUUUUUAAAGGUGUUUUAUUCAUCCUGUGGGUUUCACUGAAAUGUUCGUUCAAAAGCGGCUAUUGUCAUUUUAACAUGGUUCUUUUAAAAGACCAGGCUUUUAGAACUGCUUUUAAGAGCUUCUCACUGCCAUGACCAGUUUGCAGAACGGCAGAUCUCCGGGGAUGGAUGGCCUUCCUGUCGACUUCUACAAGUCCUUCUGGUCCAUCAUAGGACAGGACCUGCUCGAGGUACUGAACAACAGUCUCCUAAAUGGAAGACUCUCUCUGAGCUGCAGGAGGGCCGUCAUCACCCUGCUGCCGAAGAAGGGAGACCUACAAUAACUGAAAAACUGGAGGCAGGUCUCGCUGCUGUGCACAGAUUUUAAAAUCCUAUCCAAACUCUAGCCCUUUAUAGCCAUGAUCCGGGUUCUCUAUAGUGACAUUGCGAGUGUCCUGAAGAUAAACGGCGGACUGAGUGCUCCGUUUGGCGUCCAGAGAGGGGUGAGGCAGGGCUUUUCUCUCUCUGGCAUGUUGUACUCUCUGGCCAUCGAGCCUCUGCUCCAUAAACUCAGGAACAAUUUGAACGGUGUGCGUUUCCCCCAGUGUGAUGUGUCUUUUAAACUCUGCCCAACGGACGGACUGACACUGCGUGGAGGGGAUACCUAGGGCUGGACCCAGGAUCCAGACCUCCUGGGUCCAGCGGAGGUCUUUAGUAGUAAGUGGAGGUCUUUAGUUGUAAGUGGAGGUCUUUAUACAAACCUCCACUAUCCAAGAGGAAUGGGGACUUACAGUGGAGGAUACUCCAUGGCACAAUGGCAGUGAACUCCUUUAUGUCCAUUAUAAACCAAGCUGUGGAGGACAAAUGCCCAUUCUGUGGUUUAAGAGAGACUAGGGUUUUUCACUGUUUUUAUGAGUGUGUCCGUCUGUCAGCGCUGUUUCUGUUUUCACAAGUUGUUUUUACCGGUUUCAAGAGAGUUUUAGUAAGCAGGGUUUUAUUUGUGGUUUUAGUUACACUUACCAACACAAACAGAAGAGCCAGCUUUUAAACUUUGUUUUAGGGAAGGCCAAGAUGGCAGUGUAUGUCAGUAGGAAGAGGAAGUUGGAGGAAAACCUACAUGUGGAAUUGGUCCCUGUCUGUGUCAACCUGAUCAACGCCAGACUCUUGGUUGAUUUUAGUUUCUACACAACAGCAGGUGACUCUUUUAAAGAUCUGUGGCGUUUUCACAACAGUUUGUGUUCUGUCACAGCUGGAAAACAGUUAAAAAAAAUGCCUAAUAAAGUAGAUUUAAAAAAUCUAAAACCUCUCUCGCGCACACACGGCUCCAUUGACAGUCAUUACUUUUCCACCAUGCGGAUCACCACCAUCAUCUGUGUGUUUUACAGAGAGCCACAUUGCUUAAAAAGUAACUUUUUUCGCUGAGGGCGAUAUCCAGGAGGAGUUUGAAAGCGCGAAGCAAAAUGAAACUGCUUUUCCAUACGUUAUCGGCUUGAUUUGCAUAAGCAUUCCCAGGACUUCAGGCCGCGGUGGAAACACAGACAACAAUGGGCCACAGGAUCCUUUUAGUUCCUGGAACAGUAGUUCCUAGUACUUUUGGUGGAAAUGCUGCUUAUGUUGACUCAGUCACUUGGACUGGUCUUCAGUCGUUUAGCUGUCCCUGGUUGAUCUUUGUCUGCAUGCUGCUGAGAGUCAAACAUAAGGAUGUAAUGGAGACAAUACAACUGAAAUUGAUUGGUGCAGGAGCUUUUGCUUGUUAAUUUCAUUGCUAUUUUACAUAACAGAUAAGAAACUGGACACCACUGUCAUCUCAGUGUUGAUUCUUUACAUAUGCAGUAUAUGUAGGCUCAGUACUGAUUACACCAUAGCAACAUUAGAAUUCAUGUUUGAAAACACCCAAUAUAUGAUAGGAACUGUAGUGGGCAAGACAAUCCUUCCCAAAUGGAAAACAUGAGUGACCCUAUAUAUAUAUUUAUAUAUUUUAUGACAUUACUAAGACUCAACAUGUCUCUAAUGACCUGGUUCGUAGUGUGGAAUGCUGACAUUUUCCUUGACCAUUUGUAAAAAGGGAUUUUCUGUAUUGCGUAACUGUUAGUAUCAGGUAAAACCCCAAAUAGUUUUAGAUUGCAGAACAGUUUUAUAUAUAUAUUUGUGUGUGUGUGUUUUCAUGAAAACAGUUAAGUAAAAUUUAGAGCAUGACUGACAUGUUGAAAUAUAGCCUUUCUGAGUAGACUUACUUAUUCUAUAGAUACAAAUCUAUGGUAUUUCUAGCUGGAGAUGUGACUAUAAAACAAACCAGUCAAACUAAUUCAAGUAAAUUAAGUAAAUUCAGAGGGUGAAGUAACUUGGAUGCCACUCUUUUAGAUAACCGGUAGCAUGAAACUAUGUUUAUGCAGCAUAUCAUCACAUACAAUACCUUGAACUGUUGUUGACUAGAAAUUCACAUGGAUUCAUGUCAGCUUUUAAGGUAAAAUAAAUAUUUGAAUUGGAUUGGUCGGUAAUCUCCAAUCAGGUGUAUUUUCCCUGUGUUUCCUGGAGGAGCAACUUUUUACAAUCUGAAAGAGGAUCACUGUGUUCAUGUUAUGGGCUGACAAAGCAGGAGAGCAGGUGCUCUGUUCUUUUCCUCUUUGACAUGACGGCACUCUUGAGUUGCUACGGCGACAGUGUUCUUACUUUUACAGCGUCUGUCAGCGGAGCACACAGAGACACAAAUAAAAGUCACACUGAGGCACACAAGGACAGCCACGCUAAGCCAGAGAGGGGGAGACCGAGUGAGUUGUUUGUCUUUUAUACAAAGAUUAGAGAAUCACCAACUGCUCAACAGCAACCGCAGCCAACAAUCAGCCACAACUGAUUUAGUCUCAGCUCUCUCAUUUCAGGACCAGGACCCUGCUGCCAGUUUUAGCCUGCAAUUUUACUUCAUCAGUACCAGCAUCGACACAGGAACCUUCUGGGCUGGAGUGUUUUGCCAUUUCAAUCUUGUGAAAAAUAUGUAAAUGACAAAAUUUACAGUGAGGUAGCCAGCAGCAGCAGCAACAGAGCUAAAAGAUGAGCUGGUAAUAGCAGCAUCUUCUAUUGGUGCUCCAGGGUUGUGGCUAUAUUACUGUAGUCUGCAUUGAUAUUUUGAGUCUUUUUGUCUGCUGAUUUAUUAUAGAUAGCACAUGCUGCGUUUAUGUGUAGACAGUAGAGAUAAGAUUAGGGAGCAAAGAGAGCAGCCAUUGGCUGCCUUUGCUGCCUGGAGGUUGAGGAAUCUCUCCCUCUGGCCUAUUGAUCCAGAUUUCAGCUCCCACUCAGAAGAGAGUCUUGGUUGAGCGACUUCCCGCAGCCCACAGACCUUCAGAUUUGAGCUUUCUGCCCUGCUCUGUUAGAGGCAACACAUUAACCAAAUCCUGUGUGGACAUUCAGAUGAGUCGGCGCUGAACGACCAAGUAUCCCCAGAGCUUUGUCUAAUCUUGGAGCAGGGAUGUCUGCAGCCGCUGCUGGAAACAAGGCGGGGAUUCAGCUGCCUGAGAGGAGCCGAGCAAUGUUCCCUCUAAGCUGCGCAUUGCGCAAUCGCGCACCGCUCCCGCGUUCUCCGCACACAGCAAAUCUAUGCAGCGCAUAAAAUAAAAUCCAACCUGAACUGUAAAUAAAAUAAACACAUAACAAUUUAUUCUUUACCAUUUUGCAAUGCAACUCAGUGAGUGACAGGUGACAGUAAAACAAUGAGUAGCACGAUGUCCCAAGGGCGCCGAUUCCGUGGUUGCUUCGGGGUCGGAGCACCCAUGGAGAUUGUUGAGCACCCACGGAGAUUGCCGAGCACCCACGUGUGUAUUUUAAUGUGAGAUGAAUGUGCGCGUGUCAAAAUAGCAACGAGUCAUGCAAGCACUGUGAGCACCCACCAGCAGAAACAUAAAUCGGCGCCCCUGCUGUGUCCAGCCAAUGACAUGAUGCGGCUCACACGUAUUUACUUACGCAGCCAAUCAAUGUCAUUAACAGCGCUUUAUGCGUACGUGCCUCUGUUUAGCAGGUUAGCGUAUAGGUGACUAGCUUACCCCUUACUAUGGCGAAACGAACGGGUAGUGGCACAUCCAUCACCAAGCCAAAGUCAAAAAGAAAUGCGGUUCUUUUAAGAUGGAAUGGCUGUCGGAGUAUGUGCGAACAGAAGAACAAGAGGUGAAACUGGAUGAGAUUUUUUCUUUUUCGAGCGAGAAAGGGCUGCUCUGCAAAACAUGCUGCGACGCCAAAGUAACGAGUGAGUUUUCGGGGGGAAAAAUGUGGACUGAAUGGAAGUUGGACUGCCUCAAGCGUCACAUUCAGCAGAAAAGUCAUUUGAAUGCUGUUGGAAUUGUACGAAGACGCAAUAUGGGAACGGGGAUCGGUACAUUAUUGCAGGAGAGCACAAAAGAUCGAGAGAAGAGGAACGAGCUAUCACACAAAAAGAAAUCCAACCCUGAGCAAGUUAAAAUUCUCAUCGACAAUAUUUUACUCGCCAUCAAAAUGAAUGCAUCAGUGCUGUCGGUUCAACAAAUCCACGAUCACAUGGCAAAGUAUGUGAGUAUACCAGAAGGAUGGCGAAGCAAAAAUUAUGCCUUUGAAUUUGUGAACUCAAUCAAUGAGUGCAGAAUGAGACGAUCUGCAAUGUUAAAAAUGCACCCUGGCAUACCCUGAUAGUAGAUGAGAGCACAGACAUAACCGUGCACAAAAUGCUAGUCCUAUAUAUUAAAUACAGGGAGCAAAAUGACGUCAACUAUAAAACUGUGUUCGGCUGACAGCAUGCACUGCUCACGAUAUUGUGCAGGCAAUCACUCAGUUUUACUCCAAGCAUGGACUGGACAGAGAAUGGUGAUGCUGACCUCCGAUAGCGCCUCAGUAAUGCUAGGAAAGCACAACGGAGUUGCAGCUUUAUUGAAGCGGCAAAUACCACACCUAACAGAACAACAUUGCGUGGCCUAUAGAGAGGACUUGGGCAUUGAUGAUGCCUGGAAAGAUGUGCCUUUGAUGCGAGAUGUGGAAACUCUUCUUAGAACUGUAUAUUCCACUUUCUCUCGGUCCACUGUGAAGAGGGCCAAAAUCGAGGACCUAGCAAAGAUUCUCGAUGAGGAUACACUGUCAUUCAGGCCUCUGAGCGAAGUGCGAUGGCUGACGCGGCACCAAGCUGUGAAUGCUGUUCUGAGGAACUACACUGUGCUUGAAGAAUACUGCAAGAGAGAAUCCAGUGAUAACAGAGAUCCAGUGGCAAUUUACUGCUACAAAAAGCUGAGAGAUUCAAAGUUCAAGGUUACUCUCACUGCUCUGAGAGAUGUUUUGGGCGAGCUGGCACAACUCUACCUUUCUUUUCAAAGACGCAACCUGACUGUGAUGGAAGGACACUGCUUUGCAAGAGCAAAGAUUGAGAAGUUGCGUUCCCAAUACUUGAACGAUGAGAAGGAUGUUCAGUGGAGUGACCGUGUCAAAGAGGUGAUGAGGACCUCAUCAGCUGAUACCAGAAAUAUCGGUGAGAUUACUUUUUUUAUUCGUAAACUCUGUGAUCACUUGGAUGCUCGUUUUCCAGAGGAUGAAUUAAAGGAGUGGUCUGCAUUUGACAUUGAAGCAUUGAGCUCAGACAUCAGUUUUGAGUAUGGAUCAACAGACAUUGCUACACUGGCAAAGAAGUAUGAGGCCAUUCUCCACCACCCCCAUUCUAUGGAGGCCAUUAACAGUGAAUAUGCUGAAUUCAAGUACACAGUGAAGCAAAAACUGAAACAAGGGUCAAUCAGCACUUUCUCAGAUAUGGUGGCUGCAGCACUUAGAUGUGAGGAGCUAAGGAGAUCUCGCAGCUUGUGGAUAUUUGUGCCACAUUUCAAGCAUCCAGUGCAGAUUGUGAGAGAGGCUUUAGUUUGAGGAAUCAUAUCAAAACAGCAUCCAGAAAUCGUCUUGAAGUGGCACAUUUGGACCAGCUGAUGCGUAUAAAGUCAAAGCAAGCAGACAGGGCAAUCAACCUGGACAAAGUCUACAACCACUGGAGAAGUGAGAAGGACAGACGGGAAAAAUAAGGUGAAAUUUAAGUCCCCAAUCAGAUUUGUGCUUAUUCUAGUGUCAUUUAUUAAGAAUUUUUUUAUUUGUGGAUAUUAAUCAUCAAAUGCUGUUACUAGAUUAUGAUUAGUAGAAAUUCAAAUAAAAAACUGUAAUUAUAUAUUUUACAGACAGAGUUACAGGAAUUUACACUGUAUCACAUGCUUGUGCUACAGCACACACCUCAUUGUGCAAAAAUGUGAAUUUGAACAAAAUGUGAUCUCUGAAAGAUGUACAUUCAACUCUCAAUUCUUCCAGAGCAGGACCCUCACCCUGACAUACAACAUACUACACAGCUCAUGAAAAACAAGAUUUUUGUCUUUUUCAUUCUGGAGUCCCAGUAUGCGGACCUGGACCCAGAAGUGGCAGCAGUUCUCUCUGUGCACCUGGACCAUCACAGCCUCAGCCUAGAAAUGGACUUCCUCUGAACAGCUGCAGAGUAAAAUUCAGGGAGAGAAGCUGUCUAAAGUGGACCUACUUUACUGUGUAUCUUUUUGACGUGUAUCUUUAACUAUACAGCUGGUCACUUUUUUGUUUUUUUCUGAUGUACAUACUACACAGCUCAUGAAAAACAAGAUUUUCUCUUUUUCAUUGUAAAAUCACUUAUAUUAAAAGUAGUCUAACGGAAAUUACUGGUGUAAUUUGAUUCUUUUAAUAAGCCAUGUAACUUGUUAUGAUCUUAGGUUUUGGACAGGUGUGAUACUGGUGUGGCCACAGUGUGCACGUCUGAUGUUGCUCACAGUGGUCCAAGUAAUUCUCAGGGAGUUUGUGUGUAUGCUCAGACAAAUGAAAAAUUAGGGGGAACAUUGGAGCCGAGCUGUAGAUCUGUAAGCCAGAGAGGCUGAACGUGUUCACACUGGAAUGUUCUGUUUGUUCACGUGGUGAAGACAAGCUCGCAUUCCUUUAGCCUUUAGAGCUGAGAGGCCGUCUUAGUGUCAUAUACUGUGUAUUGUGUCGAGCUGAAGUAAAGCAGAGACAGCGAGGGCUGCUGUCCUGCAGGCAGGAAACGUUGUUAGAGACAUACAGUAAAUGGUCAGGCUGGCUCUGACUCCCAAUGACCUGCUGCUCAAGGAGUAUAAUCGCAUGUGGUUUGCACCCCAACCAUUCGGACAAAAGGUAGUCCUACUUUAUCUCCAUAUUUAGUGCUCAACUUGCUUUGUUGUAAUGUGCUGUCAAAAAUACUCUGGCAGUGGUCCUUUUUCUAUGCAUUUUAAUAAAUUAUGCUACAGCCCUCACUCUUCCCCUGCUUUUUCCAAAGAAGCUAACAAUGUAAAAUAUAU